UACGCCUUGGACUGACGCCGCCCUCGGCCUGGUAUCCGCCAUGAAGUUUCGUGCCAAGAUUGUGGACCUGGCUUGUCUGAAUCACUUUACACGAGUCAGUAACAUGAUAGCCAAGCUUGCCAAAACCUGCACCCUCCGCAUCAGCCCAGAGAAGCUGAACUUCAUCCUCUGUGACAAGCUGGCCAGUGGAGGCGUGAGCAUGUGGUGUGAGCUGGAGCAGGAGAACUUUUUUAGUGAAUUCCAAAUGGAAGGAGUCUCUGAAGAAAACAAUGAGAUUUAUUUAGAAUUAACGUCGGAAAACUUAGCUCGAGCCUUGAAGACUGCCCAGAACGCCAGAGCCUUGAAAAUCAAGCUUACUAACAAGCACUUUCCCUGUCUAACCGUGUCCGUAGAGCUGUUGUCUUCAUCAAGCAGUAGUCGAAUUGUGGUACAUGAUAUCCCCAUAAAGGUUAUUCCGAGAAGACUGUGGAAGGACUUACAAGAACCCUCCAUCCCAGACUCUGAUGUCAGUAUUUGUCUACCAGCCUUGAAGACAAUGAAGAGUGUCGUGGAUAAAAUGAGGAACAUCAGCAAUCACCUUGUUAUUGAAGCAAACCUAAAAGGAGAACUAAACCUAAAGAUAGAAACUGAGUCAGUAUGUGUGACAACGCACUUUAAGGAUCUUGAAAACCCUCUACUACCCUCUGACAGUGUCUCUCAAAACAGACACCCAGACGACAUGGCCAAGGUGCACAUCGACAUAAGGAAACUCCUCCAGUUUCUUGCCGGACAGCAAGUGGCUCCCACCAAGGCGGUGUGCAAUAUCGUCAAUAACAGAACUAUUCACUUUGAUCUGCUCCUGGAAGACGUCUCCCUUCAGUAUUUCAUCCCAGCCUUGUCCUAGCACCAUCUCAGCUGACCCAGGAGGACAGAGGACUUUGUCGUGAUGAGAGAAGCACUGGACGAUAUGGUCAGUCAGCUGCCUGUCCGCACAGUACCUCACAUUUGAACUGGGCUCAUUUCUCUCCCUAUGCUGCUUUAAACACAAAUGGAAGUCCUGAAACACAGUCGGAUAGUCAUUCCUUCAUAUGACUCAGUACCAACCCCUUCGCCCUUUAAGCCAUUAAGAAGAAAAGAGAAUUUAUUUUUU